GAUGGUCGAGAAAGUAGGGUACAGUGGACAUGUGGAUAGAGCUCGGACGAGGUUGAGAAUGUGGAGACUGUAGUCGUCCACAUUUGUCGAUUGCAGUGCGCCAUUCAAAUGUUUCGACAGGGUUUCGGUGGAGCGCAGGUCCGAAUUUGGCCGCGCCUUGCCAUUGCGGAGGAGUUGCUGAACUAGGAGCGGAGCGGAGCGGAGCUCGAUGGCUAUGGCGGUGCGCAUGCACAUCGGUGUGCACAGCGUGCCAGCGGAGCGUGGUCAUGGAGUUUCGCUCGCCCCUUCGACCUCCGGUGUCUCUCGAAGGUCGGCAGCUGGACCUCAAGGGAAGAGUUCGGUGGAAUUUCGAGAAUUGCCUCGGCGUCCUCUCUGUUUACAGUCAUGGAGGAUUGCGUCGGAGGUAGAGAGUGGACACUUGCGUUUUCAUGGACAAAUUGGUACGAGGACCGUCGCGAGGAAGAGGCAUGGGCGAGUCUGCACGAGCUGCUUCAAUGGGAGCACCGGGAACCUUUCGGAUGGUUGCUAUCAUCGUUGAACUUCCGUGUCUACCUUUCUCCCCUGCCGAGGUCUUUGUGCCUUCGUCCACGAAAAUUUUACAUCUAUACGAAGCACGAUUUUUGGCGCUUCUAGACGAGGUCAUGGGGAAAUACAACAAUCUUUUUGCGCACAUCAUUAUAGAGCCGAUGGGCCCUGGACGAGAUGACGAGGAUGGCAAAGGAACGGCGUCCUUUUUAGCGACUUAUGGUUGCUUGGCGCGAGUUGAAAAUGUCAGAAGGCUGGACAUAGGAGCGGCAGUUACCAUUAGAGGCAUAGGACGGAUAAAGCUCGUCAGUCUCACUCAGCUAGAGCCCUUUUUGAAGAGUACAAUCGUCUCACUUAAGGACGAGGUACCUGAAGACGAGGAAGCUGUAUCAUCUGCUUUGGACCAGCUCCAGACCACUUUACAGAAUGUGCAAGAUCUUCAGAUAAAGUUGAAGGUUAAAAACCGUCCCGUGAUUGAUCCUAUCUUUCAGGCAGAAGUCUCCGAGGACGAAUUACUACAAACGCCGUUGGAAAGAGCUCUCCAAUGGGCAAAGAAAGGGGAGCCUGACGAUAUUGCCGAAGCGUACGUACCCACUCGUGAGGAAAGGCUCUCGUUUGCCGCUUUGCAACCGGUUGCAGGUGCAAGCCCCGGAGAGCAACACAAGCUUCUACAAGAACGUCUUUUCGCAAUGGAGGCAAUGGAUACUCUGCAGCGGCUCAAGCGAGUUGCGCCCUAUGCUGAGCAAAUUUUGGCGUCAACGGCAGCCAAGGUUGCCUUGCAAUCCCUGAAUUUGUAAAAUACAGUAGUCAAGUUGUCAGUUUGAAAGCUAACUCAUAGAAAGUGUAGAUGGGUACAGGCCUAAUGUGUACCAUGAAUUUGACGCUGUAAAUUUACGUUACUCCGAUACAAACCUACCGACUUCAAAUUCUUUUUUAUUUCGCGAUCCGCUAGAAACCCACCGCCAAAAAGAUUCUUCUACGUUCAUGAGUACGGAAUUAUUGAUCAAUGACACUUCUCACCAUGUCAUAGCGUGUUCAAAGGUAUAAUGAUGCCGCUUUGUUAGUGACGCACUUUUUACAAAGAUAAUCAAAGAUGACAAUUCUAAGUUCU